AUCAUUGUCAAGAUGUCUGACUGCUAUAGUAUACCUUUGUGACAAAAAUUUUAGAAAUUCGUGCAUUUACGUCGACCUUACAUUAAGUUUUUGGCAGUAUAUGUAACCGCAGAUAGUGACCUGAAUUAACAAUGGUAAAGAAAAAGAGACAAAGUGAUCCCGGUGAAAAUGGUGAUGAAUCCACCGAAUCUUGUGACGAAAGUGUGAAGUCUGCAUGUCCUCAUGUAGCCAAAGCAGUAGAUCUAACGCGUCUUAAAAAAGCCUUAAAAUCAGGAGGCUUUGAAAGAGAAUGCUCGGAGUGUAAAAAAAGUAAUAAAAUCGAAGAGCCCGACCCAAAUUAUGAGGAAGAUCUUAGUCUUUGGAUGUGUUUACGGUGUGGCACGCAACUCUGCGGGCGGACACGUAAUAAACACGCUCUAAACCAUUUCAACACACCACACUCUGACUGCCACUCGCUAACAGCCAACACUACAACAUGGGAAGUCUAUUGCUACAGUUGUAACAAUGAAGUAACUGCAUCGAGCUCUAAAAAGCUACAUGAAUGCAUAGAAUAUGUUAAGAAGCAAGCAUCAAGUAAUAAAUCACUGCCUUCUUUUGAGCCUCUUUUUGACACUCAACCUAAAAAUGUAGAUAUACUAUCACCAGUUGAAACAAUAAUAAAGACAGAUCAAAUAACAAAAGGCAAAGAGAAAGCCAUGGCGUUAAAUUUACCCCGAGUGAGGGGACUCACAAAUUUAGGAAAUACAUGCUUUUUUAAUUCAGUAAUGCAGUGUUUAGUUCAAACACCAUAUUUACAAGAUGUUCUGCAAGAAAUGGCAACUCCAGGAGAGAGGUUUACUUUACCUGGAGGUAAACUGAAGCUUAAAGGUGAUGGAGAUGAUGGAAAGGAAGUGGAACUUCCAGCAAUAACUGGACAAUUAGGUGAAUGGGGUGCCUUGACUCGUACAUUGUCUGAAACACUUGCAGAAUUACAAGCAGGAGAAGGUGGUGUCUAUACCCCUCGUAAGCUGUUGUCAGCUUUAGUGAAUAAACUGCCACAGUUUGGUGGUGGAGAUCAGCAUGAUGCCCAUGAAUUGCUGAGGCAUUUACUAGAAGCUGUAAGAUCUGAAGACCUUCGACGCUACCAGUCUGUUAUACUCAGUAGCCUUGGUAUGAGCUCCAAGGUUGAUCCAGCCAAGGUUGAUGGAGAAGUCAAGCAGAAAGUCAAGUUCUAUGGCCAGCAAGCAUCAGAUACUAUGCUUAGACCUGAACAGGUUUUCCGAGGUUUUCUGGUCUCCACCCUGGAAUGUCAAGAGUGCUUCCAUCAUUCAGACCGAGUGGAAUAUUUCCUCGAUCUCUCACUUCCAGUGGCAGCCAGCCGGCCGCAGCCCCCGGCCGUCGUGCGUAGGAAAACUCCAAAUGAGGAGAAUAUGUACAAUAUGCAAGAGGAAAAUAAACCUUCAAAACAUCAACUCAAAAAGGAGAGGAUGGCUGCAAGGAAAGCCGCGCGAAAGAAUAAAGGUAAUGCUACAAGCAAAGAGAAGAACCCUGGUGAAACUAAUGGUGCUAAAGAAGAUGGAAAAUCAUCAUCUGAGCAAUCAGAUGCAGAUGUAGAAGACAACUUAGAGGACAUGCCCAGACAUGCCGACACUCAUACUGCCUCUGUAGGCACUCAGGCGAUCGCUCACACAGCUGCCAACUUUGCCGCCUACCACAUGGAGUCGGGAUAUAACUCAGAGAAAGUUAUCAGUUCCGAUUCUAUUCACACUAGCCCAGUAGACCUGGAUAAAGAAAAAACUGACAACACGCCGGAGACAACAGAUAAAGACAAAGAGUUUGUCAAUUCUUCAACAUCAACUACCGUUAUUCCUUUAGAAUACAAAUCACUGGCAUCACUAGAGAACUUCUCCAAUCCGGACUCAGGUGUCGCUAGUCCAGAGGCAACGAAACAUAACUCCACCGAAGCAGUCGACAAUGUCGAUUCUCCUACCAAUGGAAAAGAGUUGGGUAGUCAUAGCUCGCUUUCGAGUGAGAUAAAUUUGGAUCUAUCAAGUCCACAGCAUAAUAAACUAUCGCCGGUGAAAAGUGAAUACGAAAGACCCGUGUCACGGAUAGCUUUUGCCCCAGAGUAUUCCAAUGAAGUUGUAUCACGUGGUAUUAGUGUCAAAGGUUCUAGGAAUAUAAUGGAGCACAGCGGCGAAAGCAGUUACGAGUCACUGCCUGAAAGCAAAACUCAAGAACCAGCAGCAUUCAAUGAGCUAAAUAACCACCAAGAUGUUACUAACAUAUUGGAUAAAUUAAAACUUGAUAUGGAAGAUACUAAGCCGAAACGUUCUACGUUCCCAUCUCCCGUUACUGUAGAGGGCCCCAUUAUUGACCCUCCGCCAACAGUACCGAGGCCAAAAAUAAAUAAUAUUGAAGCAGAGAAAAAUCAAAGGGAUUUCUUGUCAUUCAACCGCCAAAGUCCCCUAUCCCCUCGAUAUGUCUGCGAUGAGGAUGAGUGCAGCAUCCAAUCAUGCCUCAGUCAGUUCACGGCUCUAGAGCUUCUUACUGGCAACAAUAAAGUCGGUUGUGAAACUUGCACUGAAAGAAUCAAUGGUAAAGACGGUAAAACGGUAUAUACAAAUGCCACUAAACGUUUCCUUGUAUCCAGUCCGCCGGCGAUUCUAAUUCUCCACUUGAAGCGGUUUCAGAUCGGCCCCCGUUGUAUGUUCAGAAAGAUGUCGAAACAUGUCGAUUUUCCGACUAUUUUGGAUUUGGCGCCAUUCUGUGCCAUGGAUAAGUUAAAGAAGCUGCCUAAUGUGGCUCGUGGCCAGAACGAGCUACUGUACUCACUGUAUGGAGUUGUUGAGCACUCUGGUGGAAUGCACGGUGGUCAUUAUGUCGCUUAUGUGAAAGUAAGACAGCCUAUUAAACGGGGAGAUCCGAGGUGGUGGUUCCUUCCCAAGAGUGCUAAUAUACCGGUUUCCAGUGGCGGAGAUGGAGAUGGCGACUCCGAAUCGGACCUAUCUGGAUACGAAUCUGGCGAAGGCCCCACUCCAGUGGCGGAGCCACCUGCAGGCAAAUGGUACUUUGUCUCUGACAGUAUGGUCUCUGAAGUGACGGAGGACAAGGUGUUGAGAGCGCAAGCAUACCUUCUUUUCUACGAAAGGAUUUUAUAAGUACUCACAUCACCCACCUGUUGACCCGGGAUGACACUGGCCUAACAGUUUUGUUCACUAUGAAUGGAUGGCAUUUAAGCGGAAGACUGACGCUUUAUAGUCGGAUAAAAGUAGGUUUUGCAUAACGUCGUCGUAUAUCUUCUGAUCGCGCUGUAUAUAGCUUUGAGUUUUAACAUUAUCGGCUUUUCAUUUUCAUUCGAAGUAUGCGGUGGUAUAUACCGCAAUUGUUUUCGUAAAUAAUUAUGUUUUAACUCAUAUUAAUAGUCAGAAAUCUGUUCACGGGAGUUGAUUGUGAAAUAGUGGUUUAAAUUUUUCCUUACCAUGUUUAAAUUGUAACUCAUUCCUCAUAAAUUCGGAGAAUCCUAUGUCCAAUGGCGGAUUCAUGUAUAGCCAGUAAACUAGCUAAACUUAAGAAUUCUUAAAAAUAUUUCACAAACAACCGUCGUUUUAAAACCCUAUAACGUCGAUCACUAAUAAAAACUAGAUACCCCAUCCCGUGCAAAAUUUCAAACUGUCGCCAAUUGUUUUGACGUAAUUUUAGUUGAAAUAAAUAUACAUUAAUGUAAAUUCAACCUUAAAUGCAUUGUCUAAAGUUGUAUUCACAAAGCUACGUACAAAUUAAAAGCGCGUCCAAAUGUUCGAGCGGGCGCUCAUUCGGUAAGGACAUUUUUGUCACUGAUUGUGUAUCUAGUUUUUUUUAUUAGUGAUCGAUGCCCUAUAAUGACAUAUUGUUAACACAAUGUAUCGACGUAAUGUUUGAUAAGAAUCGUGUUUUGCCUUCUUUUCAUAAAUAUAUGGUGAUAUGCAGACAGACUUUCUGUAUAUCUGAUGUUUAUGGGUGUGUUUCAUAUCGUUCAAAAAGAUUUCCUUAAGUGCAGUUGUAAACCUUGAUAAUAAUUAUAGGAUGACUGCUGGUAUCCGUAAUAUAUUUAUACAUCUGGCUUAAAGGACCAUUGACAAUCAGUAAAUUCUCAUUAAUUCGUUUGCUUUAUAUGGCUGCAUUAUGUUCAUCUAAUUAUUAUUAUUAUUUAUUGCCUAUAAGAGGGCUUUUUCAUUAAGAAUAAAUGUAUCAUUCAAGGUACACAUUAGUUUCAAUUUUAACCUAUAUUUAUUGGCGACUCUUUGUCUUUUGGUUUGUUUCAAUGGCAUAGUCUUCCAUUGAGGUGUCGAUGUAUUUAUUUUUUAAUGUCCACAUUUUCAAAAUUAACUAAACAAAGUUCAAACGGAACUAGCAAUUUUUAGGAAAUUCACUAGUAGAAAAAUUUUGCUUAUUUUGUAUUUUGUGGCGUCGCUUUUAAUAUUGCAUAGAAGCACUUAAUUGUUCUUUUGUUUUGACUAUUAUGCUUGAAUUUUCUUUAAAAGUUCCUCAUAUACACGUCUAAAGAUUAGUAUGUCUAUUUGCUAUCAGUAAGAAGGAAAGCUUAUUAUCAUCCUUAUGUAGCCAAAGCAAACUAAAUUACAUAAUAGUAGCUUUUAUCGAUUUUAUUUAAAUUUAACAUCCGGCAACAUUAUGUAUUUGAACUAUUAAUGUAUUUUUUAUGCAUAUAGUGUUACAGAUUCAUUUUAACCAUAUCGUUUUUAUAUAUUGAGUGCUCAAUUUUAUUCACAUUUGUAUUUUGUUGGGAACAAGUGAGGCUUAGGGUGGUAUAAAAAUAUUAGUAAGAAAAAAAGGAACCUGUUGUAUGUACUUUGAGUGAUUUCUUACAUAAUUCUCUAGCAGAAGCAUAAAAAGUAAAACUGAUUUGUCAAAGCACUGUAAUUGGUUAUGACAAUUUUUAUUUGGCUGUUUCGUAUCUCAUGUAGUUUUAAUGACGAACAUUUCAGUUUGGUGAAGUAAUUUACCCUAUGCAAUAAUAAAAUAGUAAUUUUCUUUCUGUUAUACAUAAUUGGUGUUAUUUUUAAUUGUUGCCUUUAUCCACCCUAAGCUUCAGGAGAGGUUCUUUUUAAAUAGUGUUGCGUUUGUCUUUCUGGUUGUAUCGUACCGUUAGUUAGCAUGAGUUAUGUUAAUAUUAUGUAUUUGAUAAUUUUUGUAUAUUGAACCACAUACUAUGAGUUAUGAACAGGUGUAUUAAAUAAAAUAUAGUUGUUAAAACGCACUCAUUAUUUUUAUUUAGUAACACAUCCUAUUUAGGCUUGUUAAUGAAAUAAGAACCGCCCCAAAAACUCGAGUCGACCUCAUUGAGCUAUUAUCUACUACGUACUAGAGGCGACACUGCAUUAUGUUAUGCUGUUCCAUUCAACUGCGGUGAUAUUGCCGCACUUUACUCAGUCGCUCGCUAGGCGCUAAUGAGUUGACACAUGCUGAUUAUAUAAAAAAAUUCUUGAUAAAAUACGCAAUGGUGUGUUUUAGAAAUUGCACAAAUAAUUCAAGAAAUGUUAGCAAAUACCAAGGAACAACUUUUCAUCGGUGAGUAAAAUACUUAAUAAAAAGUAUUAUAGAUUAAUAAUUAAUCAAACAAAUUAUUCAAAAGACGCCAUCUCGGGUCAUGAAAUAUAGAUUAUGAAAUUAAUUUGUUCAGAUGCGACAUUUCUGUAGGUACUUAAGUCUGAGAAUAAUUACGCAUAAUAUAAUAUAUUGUUUUUUUGUAGAAACAAAUGGAAGUAUUCAUAAUUAGGCAAAAUUUCUGAUAUUUAAAUUUGCCGAUUAUUCUUUUAUUUUAUUUUUAGGUUUCCACGUCCAAGCCAUGAAAACAGGGAUAAAUGGACUAAAUUCAUCAAUUUUUUAACUCUCGCGUGCCCACCAUUUAUGAACGACUCUUAUUCUAAUGUAAAUAAAUAUAUUUGUAAAUUAUAUGUUAUAUCAAUAAGUUUUGUUACAAAUACAUUAAGUAUGUUUUGUUUUUUUAUAUUUUACAUAGAUACCUUUUAAAAAUUCAAAUAAAUCAUUUAAAUGUAAUUCAGAAAUCAGCAGUACCAUGCGAUAACGUAAUUAUAUUAUUAUAUAACAUUGCUG